AUGUUGGUUAGUAACCCCCACCUGCUAACACUGGAUGAAGCUGACGCUACCUGGACCCUCAUCAAGGAUAAGGUCAUCGAGGAGCGCUUUGGGUCCAAUGUAGUGGCAGUACCUUUCCUGUCGGAUGCAGCCUGCUAUGACCUACUGGGUGUGCUAGUGAAACAGUCCCGCUCAGCCCACUCCCGCCUGGCUUUGCCAGGUCGGCAGGGCCGGAGGGCACUAAAGCCAGUGGGACCACUACCAAACCUCCUAGAACAGGCAGGGUCUGAGGGUGUCUUUUCCCACUGCACUCGGGAAUACUCACCAAAUGGACGAGCAGAGAUAGCCUAUGAAGAGAUGCGACUGUUGGAUGGGCAGCCCUGCCGAAUCCGCCUACAUAUGGGUGGCCUGCGUAAGAAGGUUGCCUUCCUGUUGCUGCCACCAGGACAGGUGAGCCUAGAGCAGACUCUUCCCUGGCUCCGAAGCACCCACAGCAUCUAUGUCAUCUAUCAGGUCUUCUCCUGCUCCUGGCUGCAGCUAGGGCUGUUACCUACAGCCCGUGAGCCCCAGCUGCUCCGGUUACAGCGGUCAUUGCCUGUUGCCUUCUCCUGCCUCAAGUUUUCAUUGCAGCCCAAGGGUGUACUGGGACCACAGAAGCCUCUAAUCAAAGACCCACUGCCCCAUGGAGCCAACUGGGUCAGACCCAACCUCAGUUUCAUACCAACUCUGGCCCCCACAUCAGCACCUGCUGACCCCCCAGAAGCUGCUGAUGUGCCCCCACCUGUCCCAGCCCCAGCUACACCUCCACCCCAGGAAGGGCCAGAGGGCAGACCCACCAGAUUCUCCUACAAGGGCCGAAACCCCUUCCGGAGAGGGCCCCAGAUGCUGUCAGGUACUAACUGGCUCUUCAGCCCCCGCAGCCCCCCGCCAGGAGCCCAGGGUGGGGGCCCCGGGGAUCCCGAUCGGCACUCCAUGUCCCUGCCCCUGCUGCAGGGUCUGUCCUCGGAGUUCGACAGCGACGACUGA